AUGAAUUAGUAAUUGCUGUCUGAGAAAUUGCAAUUGAGUGGAUUGAAAAUUGAAUCAUGUGGAUUUAUUAGGACAUUUGAUUAUCUUAGGAAUUUGAAGUUGUAAGAUGAAAUUCGGAUUGAGGAUAUUGGUGCACAUAAUAUCUAUAAAUUUAGUGUUAGAAUAUUAAAUCAGUAAUAUAUCAUAAGGAGAAGGGUGAAGGAUUUCUAGUAGUUGGAAUCAACGACAAAUCCUGAUCCGCUUUUUUUAUUCAAAAAAAGAGAAGUAAUAAAAGAAAGUAUGGAAGAUUAACCCAAAGAGAAAUAAUAAAUUUUGUUCAAUUUUUUGAAGUCAUUUCUGCAGAGUGAAAAUUUGAAUGAGCUAACUCAAGAGGUUUUAAAGUUUUUUGAGAUUUCUGAAGUGGAGUAUGGCGAUUUCAAAAAGUUCAAGGAAUGCACCUUAAAAAAGAGAGCAGGAGGAAGAUUCUCCGAAAGUAGAUGCACCAGAUGCGGAACCCUCUGGGGAAGAUGGUCAAAAAGAUAUUUCUAUAUAUCGAAUAAUGGAGUGAUGUAUUGUAAGGGUCCCUUCGGACAAAGAGCAUAGAUGAGAGAAUAAUUGGUGUUUGAUUACAAUUUUCGAAUGAAAUAUGGUAAGGCAGGAACUGGUUACAAUCGAGGUAUCAAAUUAGAGUUCGCGACAAGACAUCUAUUGCUUGUUGCCCCUGAUUACUUCACUUAUACAGAAUUCUUAACAGCAUUAAACCAAGCAUAAUAGUGCUGUCCUUACAUGCAGCUCCAUAGAUUCAAUUCCUUUGCCCCCAUAAAGGAUAGUCAUUGCAAAUGGUACAUCGACGGAGAGGGGUAUUUCAGCGAUGUGAUGACUGCCUUGUUGAGUGCCAAGGAAUAUGUAUAUAUUACUGAUUGGUGGAUGAGUCCAGAUCUCUACUUAAGGAGACCCAUAGCCAUAGAUUAAAAUGAUUAAAUAAAUUAGGAUUCCAGAUUGGAUAGGAUCCUCAAGAAGAUUGCAGAUAGGGGAGUGGCCGUCUACAUCUUAAUGUAUUUAGAGCCCACCAUAGCAUUAAAGCAUGAUUCAAAUCACACUAAACUUUUCCUUGAAAGACUGUCUCAAAAUAUCAUAGUCUUAAGACAUCCCUCACCUAUGCCUUAAUUAUGGAGUCAUCAUGAGAAGAUUGUGGUUGUAGAUGGAUCAGUGGGAUUUAUGGGAGGCCUCGAUUUGUGUUUUGGCAGAAUGGACACUCAAUAGCAUUUACUCACUGAUUUGGAUGUGAGGAAACAGUUCUGGCCAGGGAUUGAUUAUGCAAAUAAUAGAAUGAAGGAUUUUGAGAGUGUUCACAAAAGUGGAGAGAGCUAAAUCAACAGGAGUGAUCCUAGGAUGCCUUGGCAUGAUAUUGCAGUCAAAGUAAGUGGAUAAUCAGUUAGUGAUUUAGUCAGACAUUUCGAAUAGUAUUGGAAUCACGUUAUGAUUAGUCAGAAUUUUUAAAAGAGAAUACAACAUUAAUUAUAAGGAAAUGCUAAAAAUCCAAGCAAUUAUUAUAAAAUCUAAGAUGCUCAAUUGCAAACUACCCAUGAUACUUUCUUCUAAAAAUAUAAGAAUGAAAUCAGGGAGGAGUAUCAAUGUUAGGUUCCAGAAGAAGAGUUCAAAGAUAAUUUGGAGAAGGCGAUUACAAAAUCUUAUAAUCCAAAACAAAGGUUGUCAGCCAUUUUCCCCAAUAAACAAUAAUGUAAUAAGGACUUUAUGGAAAUUCUUGAGAAAAUUCAUGGAUAAAAGUAAGAAGAUGAGGAAGAUUUCGAAGAGAGUAUUGUGCCGAUAAAUAAACAAUUUCGAUCAAGCAUUAUGAUUCAACCUAAAUUGUAGAUUGUCUACGAGAAGGGAGAAUGUCAGACUUAAAUUUUGAGAUCAGCAUCAAAUUGGUCAAUUGGUUGCUCUCCUGCCAACACUGAAUUCUCUAUUCAAAUUGCUUAUACUCAUCUUAUAUCAGAAGCUCAAAAUUUCAUUUACAUUGAAAAUCAAUUCUUCAUUAGUGCUGUCGAUGACAAUCACAAGACCUUAGAAAAUAAAGUAGCUUUGGCUCUAGUUCAGAGAAUCAAAAAGGCAGCCCUAAAAAAAGAGAAAUUCAAAGUGAUAGUAUUCUUGCCUUUAUUACCUGGCUUUGCUGGAGAAAUUGACAAGGAUUCUGCAGUUUUGAAGGUCUAAUUGCAUUGGGAAUAUUAGACAAUUAGUAGAGGAGGGAACUCCAUUCUUGAGACACUUAAAAAGGAUGCCAACAUUUAAGAUCCUAGUGAAUAUAUUGAAUUUUAUUCAUUGAGAACACACACCAAGAUUUUGGAUGUUCCGAAAACUGAAUAAAUUUAUAUUCAUUCUAAACUUAUGAUUGUUGAUGAUGAAUAUGCUCUUAUCGGAUCUGCAAAUAUCAAUGAUCGAAGUUUGGUUGGAAAUCGAGAUUCAGAAAUUGCAAUUGUCAUUUAUGAUAAUAAAAAAAAGAGAUCCAUGAUGGGCGGUGAAGUUGUGGGAAGGUCUAUAUUUGCUUAGGAGUUAAGGACUUCCCUCUACAUGGAACAUUUCGGAUUAACAUAUGAAUAAGUCAUAGAUCCUUUGAGUCCAGAAUUAGAACAACUAAUUAGAUAUAAUACUCGUAGAAACACAAUUAUAUAUAGAUAAGUAUUUGCAUGUUACCCUGAUGAUUAUAUUAAAUCAUUGAAUGACUAUUAAACUUUUAAAUCUUAAGGAGACCUUUCCAAAUAUGAUUAAUUAUCUUAAUAAAUUGUAGGUCAUGCCGUUGAAUUCCCCUUAGAAUUUUUAUGCAAAGAGGAUUUGACAAUUAAAAUCUUGAGUAUGGAAAUUAUCGUUCCAGAAAUCAAUUUUACAUGA